AUGUAUGGUAACAUUGCCAAUAAACUUAUCCUUGACGCUAAAAGAUCGUCAAAUCUUUCUGACAUUCCUCUUUAUCAACAUGAACUUGUAAGAGAUAUAGUGAAGGAAACCAGUGAUUUAAAUAAAGACGUAGAAUAUCUCACAGAGCAACAGCAACUAGAUGAGGAAAAUUAUCUGAGCAACUCCGAGCAAGCCAAGAUAAACCAGUGCCAGUUAUUUGUAACGCAUUUGUGCAUGAGAAGGAAUAAACGAUGCCUAUUAGCAUACGAGAAAUUGCGGGCUGAUAAGAUCGAUGAGUUUACUUGGCUCAACAUUGAUCCUAUAGUAAAUACUGAAGACCAAGACAACCAAAUAAGGGGAAAUAAUCAACUAGAUGCAUCUAACGGUUCAGCAAAUAGUAAUGUAAAUAGUACAGCUUCCAAUUCUGCCAUAGGAGCGACCUCAGUCUCUGUCAGUGCUGGUGGUGGUGACUUUGGUCCUGGUACCACUAGACUUUCUCUUGAUAACUUGAACCACGCCGAACAGGAGUAUUUCAAGAACUAUCAAAAAUUAAUAAUGCAGUAUAAAUCGAAUUUUCCGGAUUUAGAUCUCUCCGGUGAUUUGGAGCCUCCUACUAACAUCUUCAUUGAUGUUAGAGUGUUAAGGGACGGGGGAGAAGUGCAAACAGAAUAUGGGGUAUUCAAUCUCAUAAAGGAUUCUCAGUUUUAUGUUCGUAAGUCGGAUGUGGAGAGAUUGAUACAGCAAGGGUAUCUCGAGGAGAUAUAG